CCCCUCGCUCGGCUUCCCUAGUCCGGCCGAUCGAGCGCGCUCAGUCCGUCCAGUUGCCCCGACCGGGGGCUCGGCAGGGGCGGCGGCGGAGGAGCGAUGCGCCCGGCUGGGGCGCUCCCCUGGGGGCUGCUGCUGGUGCUUUGGGGGGCCCUGCUGGGCCAGCAGGUGCGGGGCCUCCGCCACAGCGUCUACUGGAACGCCAGCAACCACAGAUUCCUCGAAGAAGACUAUGCCGUUCAGGUCUCCAUCAACGAUUACCUGGAUAUCUACUGCCCGCACUAUGAGCAGCCGCUGGCCGCCGGGAGCCCAGAAUCCUUCACUUUGCUCAUGGUGGACAUUGAGGGCUACCGGGGCUGCUACGAGACGCCGGGAGCCUUUAAGCGCUGGGAGUGCAACCGGCCCUUUGCUCCUUACGGGCCGGUCCGCUUCUCGGAGAAGAUCCAGAGGUUCACCCCUUUCUCGCUGGGCUUCGAGUUUCAGCUGGGCCAGGACUACUACUAUAUCUCUAUCCCCACCGGAGACAGUCCCGGACGCUGCUUGAAACUGCGGGUUUCAGUUUGCUGCAAGACAACCACCGUGGAGCCUGUGACGGAGGGUCCCAAAUCUCAACCACGUGGGAGAGGCAGCUCCGAGGAUGCCGCUGUAGCCCCCGGACGUAGCUCUGCCCCUUCCUGGUCCAGUGGGGCCUGCUGGGGGCUGGCUCUCCUACCCUUCCUGUGGCUCUGACCCUACCCCCAGGGCCGGGGCCGGGGCCGGGGCCUCUUCCGAGGAUCCUUGUCCCCCACUCGUAUGGAUGCUGGAUUCCUCACUUGGCACUUUAGAACUCAGAGGCGAUGUACUGGCGGCCCUUCUUCACAGCCGGACCCCUUGCUCCCCAGAGAUGAGAUGAACUCCCGGUUGCUGCGUCAACCCAGCCGAAAGGGGGCAGGACACCCCCAUAAAUCUCAGUAUGCCCACCCCCUUCCCCGUUUGGAUCCGCUGAGGCAAGAGGAAGACCUUUGGCCUGGAGGAGUUGAUUCUCCACAGUGACAUUCCUGCCGGAGGUCCGGUUGACCGUUUCUGGUGACUGCGAUGGUGUCGGGAAGGGGAUUUUCCAGCUCGCCAAAAAGACUCAGAUUUGGUUUUGGGGGGGAAGUGGCAUGGAAUUGGGGGCGGGGGAGUGGGGGGGAGAGACUGAAAUAUCUCUUCCGCAGCGCAGCAAAGGACUCCCAGGAUUUGUGUCCAGGACUCUUGAUAUGCCAAAGAUGGGGAGAGACACUUUGCAGUCCCUGACGCUCGAAGCUCAGCUGCUUUAAAAGAGGGGGGGCAUUCACUUCUCCCCCCCGCCCCACCUUGCCCCUGUUUUAUGUCUGCCGUGCUCGGCUUCCCUUCCUCCCCUGCCCGGAAGCAAAACAAAAAACUGGACUGUGUCAGCCCACCCUGCCACCCCCCCACCUUGUGUUCUCGGCGAGAACGGCAAUGAUUGAUGCCUGCGCUUUUGUCUUCUAUGAAGACGCUUCCUCGGCGUCACCGGUUCCUGGUUUACGACUUCUUCAUUUUAAAUAUGUUGGGGUUCCCCCCCCCCCCGCUAUUGUCAGUGACUGAGCCAAAUGAUAAAAUUGUUUUGGAAACUCGG